AUGUCCUCCACGGCAGCUCUUCAAGGCCGUUUGAAGGAGCUGUCGGCUUCUCUGGGGCAGAUCCAGCCCCUUCUGGAGCGUCUGCGCAAUUUCACAGCUUCUAUUGGCCAAGGGGAUGAGGCGCGCGUGGAACUCGGGGCGGAGAUUCAUGGUCGGCUGAAAGAUGCCGAGGAGGAGCUCGAGCUUCUGCGCGUGGAGGUGGAAGCGCUGGAAUCAGGACCGGAUAGCCGGAGGAAGUCUUCAGUAGCAAGUGGUGAGAAGGAAGCAGAAAAAGAAAGGGUUGUUGCCAUGGCGGGCCGAUUGGCGGACGACUUGAGAAAGACUCGCGGAGAAUUUCGAAAUGCCCAAUUGCAGGCCAAACGCAAUGCCGAGCUAGCGAAGCGAAAGGAGCGCGAGCUCUUGCUGUCAAGGUCGCAGUCAUCAUCUGAGCACCUACGUCACCCAUCAGAGAAAUUUACGCAAGAUGAUUUGGUGUUGAAUGCCUCGAACGAUGUCACUGCUGCUCUGCGAAGAACACACAACCUGAUGCAGGCUGAGCUUUCUCGUAGUCAAUUUGCUCAGGAGACUCUUGAACAAUCCACGGCUGCCAUCUCAUCUCUGUCUGAAUCUUACAGCAGCCUUGAUACCCUGCUAGCCUCAUCCCGCAGUCUCGCCAGCUCCCUUCUUCGCUCUCAAAAGUCCGAUACCUGGUAUCUUGAGACCGCAUUUUAUGUCCUCAUCGGGACCAUCGCAUGGCUUCUAUUCCGACGCAUCCUCUAUGGACCGAUGUGGUGGCUGGUCUGGCUUCCAUUCAAGUUUGCCAUGAAGUUCGUGUUCGCUACUCUAGGUGCUGUCGGACUGACAAAGGGAUCAACCGAGCUUUCGUCCAGUCAAUCUGCCGGUGAUAUCUCUGCAACUAUCCAGCAGACAGCUGCGGCAAUUUCUGGAGGAACUGUACCAACCAACAGUGCUUCCUGGGAAGACCAGCCCUCCGUAGAAGAUGAAGACCGGAUCAUUGACCAGGUAGGGAAGAUGGUCGAUGAGGGGAAACAGCAGGGCACAAACCUUGAUGAUAUAUUGUUUGAGGAGCGGCAAAGACAGGAAGAGCUCCCUCGCAACACCAAGAAGAGGAUGUUCCAGGCGGUACCUGUGCGGGAUGAGCUAUAG